AUGGCCAUUGACGAUCUCAUAACAGAUCCAGCCCUGCAGCCACUACUGCAAACCUCCCAUGCGACUCUGGCGCAGACACUUUCUGUCUUGUCAUGGCUGGAAGAACAUGCCACGACAACCCCUACACUAGAGCAGAAACUUGAGCUGGCACAACAGCACAAGAUCCUGAACGCAUACCUGGCCAAACUACGAGGCCAACAUCGACAGGCGGCCUUUGGAGCUCGAGCAACCAAGCAGGAGACGGCAGAGGCAAGGCAGGAAGUUGAUCGGCUACUCUUACAGCUACAGAAUUUGUACUAUGAACAGAGACACCUGUUGGGCGAGAUUGGAGCCUGCGAAGCGUACGACCAUCUCUACAUGCACCUCCCACUCCAUCCUUUGGACGAAUACAUCGCAACAUUCCCCGAUCAGGCAGAAUUACCAGAGGAGGAGUUGAUGCCGUUGAGAAUCGAAUAUGAAAAACAAGAGCGAGAGAAGAUGGAGCAAAAGAGAUUGGAGCUGGUUAAGAUCAAGGAUGCGUUGGUCAAAGAGAACACCAGGAAGAAAGACGAGCUGAAGAAGAUGGAUGAGAAACUCGAGGUAAUGAUCGAUGGACUCAAGCCCUUGGAGGAAGCGCUGCAGAAAGAUCUGUGA